ACAUCAGAUUUUGUAGUCAGCAAAAGAUUUUAUAGCAGCUACAUAACAUACCCUUUGCUUCCUCUCAUAUUUAACAAGCUUUGGUUUUACGAGCCUUACAAGGUUAAAGUCAGAGUAUUAUUUGGUUCAAUCAUAUGUCAAAAUCCACAACCACAACUAGAAACUGGGUCCCCGUUUCCAUGCACACUACAAUGACCGCGGGGGAGGGACAAGUCAAAGUCUUCCAACCCCCCAUUUCAUUUCUUCCACACACGAAGCCAAAACACCAUUAAUAAAAACCCAUCCAACGCAUUGGCUACAUUAUUAAAUUCACACCCUUGCACACAACCGAAUCAUCAGAAAACAUGUUCCUCAAAACCCAUUUUCUGCUCCUGGCUCUUGUUUUAGCAACCACAACGGUUACUACCGGCAUAACCCCAGGUAACACUCUCUUCACCAACCACAUGUGGUCUUCUCCCAACGCCACCUUCUCUCUUGCUUUCGUCCCCGUUCAGCCACCGACCACCCCUCCUUCCUUCACCGCCGCAAUCGUCUUCUCCGGCGGCGCCCCCGUCGUCUGGUCUGCUGGCAACGGCGCUGCCGUGGACUCCGGCGGCUCCCUCCAGUUCCUCCGCAACGGCGCCCUCCGCCUCGUCAACGGCUCCGGCGCCACCGUGUGGGACUCUGGCACGGCGGGCCGCGGCGCCACCUCAGCAACCCUUGAAGAGAGUGGCAAUUUGGUAAUUUGGAAGGGCACGGGUACCCUCUGGUCAAGCUUUGACCAUCCCACCGAUACCCUUUUGCCUUCUCAGAAUUUCACUGUUGGUAAGUCUCUCACAUCCCAAAGUUACUCUUUUAGUCUUCUUGCAAAUGGGAAUUUGAUCCUCAGGUGGAACAAUAGCAUAGUGUACUGGACCCAGGAUUUGAACUCUUCUCUGAAUGUGAGUUUGGAUUCACCUGUGUUGGCGUUGUCAUCGAUUGGCCUUUUGCAAAUUUCCGAUACCAAAUUGAACACUCCUGUUGUUAUUGCUUAUAGUAGUGACUAUGCUGAGGAGAAUAUUGAUGUGUUGAGGGUGUUGAAGUUGGAUAAUGAUGGCAAUUUGAGGAUUUAUGGUACCAAUAAGGGUAGUAUUAGAUGGACUGCUGUGCUUGAUCAGUGUAAGAUUUAUGCUUACUGUGGGAACUAUGGUGUGUGUAGUUACAAUGGUUCGAGCCCGAGUUGCGGGUGCCCUUCAGAGAAUUUCGAAAUGGUUGAUCCAAAUGAUGCUAGAAAAGGGUGCAGGAGGAAGGUGAGUCUCAACAAUUGUCAAGGGAGUCUAUUGACCUUGGAGCACACCAUGAUCUUGACUUACUUCCUUGACCCUGCGUCGCGGACGCUUUCCCAAGAUUUAUGUAGGACAACUUGUCUUUCAAAUGCUGGAGCCUGUUUUGCUUCUACUUUCUUGUCGGAAGGCUCGGGGCACUGUGUGAUUAAAUCAGAAGAUUUUGUUAGUGCAUAUCAGAGUUAUUUACUGCCUAGCACUUCUUAUGUCAAGGUUUGUCAGUCGCCGGCACCAAAUCCGCUACGUGUGAGGGAAAAGAGGUCCAACGUGCCUGCUUGGGUUGUGGUGGUGGUUGUUUUCAGUACUCUUUUGGGUUUGGUUGCCUUGGAAGGUGGUUUGUGGAUGUGGUGUUGUAGGAACAAGACAAGGUUUGGUGGUUUGCCUGCUCACUAUGCACACCUUGAGUAUGCUUCUGGUGCGCCAAUCCAGUUUUCUUACAAGGAGCUCCACAAGGCAACAAAGGGGUUUGAGGAAAAGCUUGGAGCUAGUGGAUUUGGUUCUGUGUAUAGAGGAACUCUCGUUAACAAAACUGUUGUUGCUGUGAAGCAACUUGAGGGCAUUAAGCAAGGUGAGAAGCAGUUUAAGAUGGAAGUUGCCACUAUAAGUAGUACUCAUCAUCUCAAUUUGAUGAGACUCAUUGGCUUUUGCUCUGAAGGGCGCCACCGGCUUCUAGUUUAUGAGUUCAUGAAAAAUGGGUCUCUUGGUGAUUUUUUAUCCCAAAGAGAACAACAUUCAGAAAAAAUGUUGAAUUGGGGGUAUCGAUACAACAUUGCAUUGGGCACUGCAAGAGGCAUCACAUACUUGCACGAGGAGUGUCGUGACUGUAUAGUCCAUUGUGACAUAAAACCUGAAAACAUUCUAUUGGAUGAGAACUAUGUUGUCAAAGUCUCUGAUUUGGGUCUUGCAAAGCUCAUUAGUCCCAAGGACCUUAAACAUCGGACCUUGACAAAUGUGAGAGGAACCCGAGGUUAUUUAGCCCCUGAGUGGCUUGUGAAUCUUCCCCUAACAUCCAAAUCUGAUGUUUAUAGCUAUGGCAUGGUCCUGUUAGAGAUUGUGAGUGGGAGGAGGAGUUUUGAAUUAUCAGAGGAAACAAAUAGAAAGAAGUUUUCUAUUUGGGCUUAUGAAGAGUAUGAGAGAGGUAACAUUAGUGGAAUUUUGGACAAAAGACUAGUUGACCAAGAAGUUAAUAUGGAACAAGUAAGAAGAGCAAUUCAAGCAAGCUUUUGGUGCAUCCAAGAGCAACCGUCUCAGAGACCAAUAAUGAGUAAAGUGUUGCAAAUGCUAGAAGGGGUAAUAGAGAUUGAAAAGCCACCUGCCCCAAAAUCAAUGAUGGAAGGAGCUGUUAGUGGAACCAGCUCAUACUCGAGUAGCAAUGCUAGUGCAUUCUCCGUAGUUGGAGUUUCACCCCCUGGUCCCUCUUCUUCAUCUUCAUUUCUGACUAGUGAUGUUUCAACCUUCACCUCAAGAAUGAACACUGAGAAGCCAACCUCAUCUCUUUUACAAUCAGACCCUGAUAGAAACAUCCAACAUAUAUAACAUCUUCCAUGCGCUUUUAAUUAGCAUCCCUGACAACUUUAGAAUCAUAAGUCGCGGGUCGCUUCAAUAAUCAAGUCACUAAGAACUUAUAGCUUUAUUUCUUGCUUGAGAACAAUUCUCAUGUUUUAUUUCUAAUAAAUAAAAUCAUUUAUUUGAUUAUAUGUCCUUCUAAAAGACAAUUUGCAAUAGGGGUGAGCUUGGGUCAAACUUAUC